AUGGCAUAUAGCGGGCGAGCAGAUCCAAAUUCCAGUGAAUCACAGCAAGGGCAAGACAAGUACCCAGGAUUUUACCCUGAACAUCAACACCUACCUUCCCACCAAGUCAGGUUGGGUUUUGAUCAGCUAGUGGAAGAGAUCAGUAAUAAAAUCCCACUCUUGCAGAGUGAGGCUGAAAAAGACACUGUCUUUGUGCCCAAUGCACAAAACUUGGACUCAAAAUGGCACUCAUUAGAUAGAACACACCAAGGACCGCUGAAUGAAUUAAGUUAUAAGCAUCCUGAACUCUCCUGGCAUGAAGUUGAGAAAACAUCGGCAAUUGGUUUUCAUUCUUCUCUGCUACCCACACAGCAAAGUGUGGAUAAAGAAAACUCAUGGGGAAACCCCAUAGGACAAUAUGACAUCACGCAUGCUUCUGGAAUCAAGGUUUUAAGUCCACUCAGAUGUCAUCCACAAAGAGAAUUAGAAAAUGAAAAUCAUAACUACCAUAUAGGGUUUGAGAACAACAGUCAUUCUGAAUAUCCAUCCUUCUUAACAGACUUCUUACCAAACAAAGAGAAUAAGUUACACACGAAUGUUGUAGAACCUUCUCUGAUGUUCAUUAAGGACUCUUUUGUACCCAGGGCAUGGGAAAACACAUUAAUGGAAAAGGUAAAGCCAAUAGGGCAUCCCAUUGACAUAGUUGAUACACCUCAAGGGAGUACAAUGUACCUGGCCUCCUUUUGUGACAAAGUAAAGAAAAUAAGAGAAACAUACAGUGCAGCUGACAUUCACUCCAAUUCCGGGAGGAUCUGGAGUAUUGCUACAGCGUUUCCAGCUCAGCUCUUUGCUAACACCAAAUUCAGUAUAAAUAUUUUCACCGACAACUCAGCACAACCCCUUCAUCUUAAGCCAUGUGCUAAUUAUCUUGUCAAAGACCUAAUUGCCGAAAUUCUACAUUUAUGUGCAAAUGACCAGCUUUUCCCCAAAGAUCAUCUCCUGCAUAUCUGUGGUUCUGAAGAAUUUUUACAGUUUGGCCACUAUUUAGGGAGCCACAGAGUGUUUCAGAAAGAAAAACACAUUAUUCAACUUGGACUUCAGAACAAUAUGAAUGCUCCAGGAAAGUUAUCUCGAACGCAUGAGGAUGACCACAGUCAGUUUUCUCUAAACCAGCUUCUGGAAUUUACGUAUAUUUGGAAAGUUUCCAAACAAUGCCUCUUGACGGUGAUCAAAAAAUAUGAGCGCCAUGUGCAAUACCUACUGAGCAUCCAGCCAUUUGUGGGUAAUAUUGCUGGAGAAGUGAAAAAUAUCUGCAGCAUUCUGGGGUGCAUUGAAACCAAAGAAAUUACCGAUGCAGUCAAUGAACUAAAUCUACAUCUUCAGAGGAAUGCAGAGGAUUUUCAUCAAAAAUCAGAUACUUCAAAACCAGGCUCUGUAGAGGAAGUGACAACUGAACUAUCUAAGUCCAUCCACCAGCUAAUUGAUGUCUACUGUAGCAGUUUUUACACAGAUUUCCGGCCUGUGCAUGCAUCAGGAGGCACUUCCUGUGUCCACACUGGUCUCUGUUCCCACCUGAGCUUCACAGUGUGUGCCCUGCACAACAUUCCAGAGACCUGGGCACACAGGUAUAAAGCAUUUUCUUUUUCCUGCUGGCUUACAUAUGCUGGGAAGAAGCUAUGCCAAGUGAGAAACUACAGAACCAUGCCAGUCAAAAAAUCAUUCUUCUUCUUGGUCAACUGGAAUGAAACAAUCAAUUUCCCUCUUGAAUUAAAGUCACUCCCAAGAGAAUCUAUGCUCACUAUAAAACUGUUUGGGACUGACUGUACCUCCCACAAUUCAAAGCUACUGGCCUGGACCUGUCUUCCAUUGUUUCCAAAGGAAAAAUCCAUUCUCGGACCUCUGCUACUCAGCAUGACAUUUCAGAGCGAACCUCCCAUAGAAAUGAUAGCUCCAGGAGCAUGGGAUAGGAGCCAGCCAUCCCCACUGACCCUGCAGAUUGAUUUUCCUGCUGCUGGGUGGGAAUAUGUAAGGCCUAAUUCAGAAGAGAGCAGAGCUGAACUUGACAAACCGCCCUCGGAGUGUCUCAAACACAUUGCCAGGCUGUCCCAGAAGCAGUCUCCCUCACUACUAUCUGAGGAAAAGAGAAGAUACAUAUGGUUUUACCGUUUCUACUGCAGUAGUGAAAAUUGCUCCCUCCCUUUGGUCCUGGGCAGUGCCCCUGGGUGGGAUGAAGGGACAGUCUCAAAAAUGCAUGCCAUCUUGAGAAGAUGGACUUUCGCUCACCCCUUAGAAGCACUCGGGCUUUUGACUUCCAGUUUUCCAGAUCAAGAAAUCCGUCAGGUGGCCGCUGAACAGUUAAACAACCUUCCGGAUGAUGAGCUAUUGGAGCAUCUCCCACAACUAGUUCAGGCGGUCAAGUUUGAAUGGAGCUUGGAGAGCCCACUGGUGGAGCUGCUCCUCCAGCGAGCACUGCAGAGCGUCCAGGUAGCCCAUCGUCUGUACUGGUUGCUAACAGAUGCAGAGAAUGAAACUUAUUUUAAAGGCUGGUAUCAGAAACUACUGGCUGCUCUCCAAUUCUGUGUAGGAAAAGCCUUGAAUGAUGAACUUUCCAAGGAAAGGAGACUUGUCAAAAUUCUGGAAGAUAUCGGGGACAAAGUCAAAUCUGCCAGUGACCCUCAAAGACAGGAGGUACUAAAGAAAGAGAUUGGCAGACUAGAAGAAUUCUUUCAAGACGUACAGACUUGCCGUCUCCCUCUGAACCCUGCCCUGAGUAUGAAAGGCAUUGAUCGCUCUGGAUGCUCAUAUUUUCCCUCUAAUGCUUUGCCACUUAAGAUUACUUUCAUCAAUGCCAAUCCAAUGGGGGAAAAUGUCCGCAUUAUUUUCAAGGCUGGAGAUGAUGUUCGUCAAGAUAUGCUGGUUCUGCAGAUUAUACAAGUGAUGGACAAUAUGUGGCUGCAGGAGGGUCUGGAUAUGCAAAUGAUCAUUUAUAAAUGCCUGUCCACUGGAAAAGCGCAAGGUUUGAUACAGAUGGUCCCUGAUGCUGUAACCCUGGCAAAGAUCCACCUCCGCUCUGGGCUCAUAGGACCACUGAAAGAGAACACCAUCAAAAAGUGGUUCACUCAGCACAACCCCACCAAGGAAGACUAUGAAAAGGCCUUGAGGAACUUUUUCUACUCCUGUGCCGGCUGGUGUGUGGCAACAUUCGUCCUGGGAGUCUGUGAUCGUCACAAUGACAAUAUCAUGCUGACAAAGUCAGGCCACAUGUUUCAUAUAGAUUUUGGAAAAUUCUUGGGUCAUGCACAAACAUUCGGCGGUAUAAAAAGGGAUCGAGCCCCUUUUAUUUUCACUUCAGAAAUGGAAUACUUCAUCACGGAAGGAGGGAGAAACCCACAGCAUUUCCAAGAUUUUGUGGAGCUCUGCUGCAGAGCGUAUAACAUCGUCAGAAAACACAGCCAGCUCCUCUUAAACCUUCUAGAAAUGAUGCGACACGCAGGAUUUCCAGAACUAAGAGGAAUUGAAGACCUGAAAUAUGUUUAUAAUAAUCUUCGUCCACAAGACACAGAUAUAGAGGCAACAAGUCACUUCACCAAAAUGCACAGUGAGGAAUGUCCCUCAUUUCAGGGGUACCACGAUAUUUCACAAGAAUGUCUUCUGUACCCUCAGAGAACAUUGCUUGUCUCAGGGAGGUCUGCAAUGAAUCGCAACGGGAAGGCUGCCAUCGUGGACGAUAAAAACGCCAUUGUUUUUGCAGGAGAGAUAUUCCAAGACAAGAAUCCUAAGAUACAGUUACUGAUGACAUAUGAGGGCGUGAAGCUGACCAUACUAGUGAAACACAUGAAAAACAUCCAUCUCCCAGAUGGCUCCGCGCCAACUGCUCAUGUGGAGUUUUACCUUCUACCACAUCCCAGUGAAGUUCGUAAGAGGAAAACAAGGUCUGUUCCAAAACGCACAGACCCCACCUACAACGAAAUUGUGGUAUAUGAUGAAGUCACAGAGCUCCAAGGACAUGUCCUAAUGCUUAUUGUAAAAAGCAAAACUGUGUUUGUGGGAGCAAUUAACAUCCAGCUCUGUAGUGUUGCACUCAAUGAAGAAAAAUGGUAUCCGCUAGGAAACAGCAUCAUUUGA